UGGUGCUUGCUUCCGGCCAUCGCCAUGUGGUCGGCCAUGUGGGCUUCGCCCGCUCGCCCGGCAUUGUCGAUGCCGGGACUCGCGGAUCCUCGGACGCGCGCUGAAGCCCGCACUGCGAGGCUGCCCCGUGCCGCGGCUGCGGCUGGCACCUACGCAGCGCGCGCCACAGCGGCGGCUGCGGCGGCGGCGCGGGUGGCACAGCGCUCGCCCACUGCGCGGAGGCCGGACGCUGCCGCCGCGCCCAAGCUGCAGCGCUGGCGCCGCGAGAACUCGGCGCUGGCGCUGGCCACCACGUCUUUGGGCCUCGAGGAGAUCCUUGAGCGCGAGCUGCGCUCCAACGGCGCCGUCACCGCUCCGCUCGGCAGCUUCUGGUGCUUUAAAGCCGCCCCAGGCCAAGGCUUGCCCCACAGCGCCACGCAAGUCAUCCGCCUUUCUGCGCUGGUCAUGGAUGAUGACUUGGCGCGCCUGGAGACCAAGCUGGCCACGUCGGCGUCCGCAUUCUCCACGCAGAUCCAGGCGCUGUUGCAAGAACUUGGCCGGGGAAGGAAGCGCAAGGCCUCUUACACGGUGAGCUGCGUUCUAGACGCCAGGACAGAUGCCGUCCUGGGCGGCUCCGCUUCCUUCGAGGCGGUCACCGCAGGCAUCUGCCAAGGCAUCAGCGCUACCACCAAGUGGCGCCUAAACGAGAAGAGGCCGGAGAUUUCCAUCGUGGCCCUCUUUGGUCGCGACUACUUCGCGCUGGGGGAGGUGGUUCAGAGCCGCGACCGCGAUGAGGCUGAGAGAGGCGCCAUGGCGUCCUUGGCCUGCGGCGCGCUGCGGGGCAACGCGCUGGCGGACCCCUGCUGCGGCCAGGGCCUUUUGCUCGCCGAGUGCCUCAAAGCCUCGAAGGCUGCUCCUUCUCGCGUGCUUGGGCACGAUGUGCGCCAGGCGGCGGUGCGCGGGGCGGCCCGGCGCUCUGAGCUCGCGGGCGCUGAAUUGGCGCAGAAGGACGGCAGCGAGUGGCCGCUGCAGCGAGGUGAGGCGGAUGUCGUGAUUUCCGACCUCCCGAACUCUGGCAGUGACGAGGAAGUCACCGAGCUGUACCAGCGCGUGGUUGCCGAGGCGGGCCGUGUGCUGCGGCCGGAGGGGCGGCUGAUUUUGCUCUCCGGUCGACCGGAGCUGCUGGCGAAAGCGGUGGUGCAGGGCCGGUGGCGCACGGUGGGCGCCUGGCCGCUGCAACGGCACGGCCGGUACGGCGAAAAGCGGAAGGUGCAGGAGAAGUUGGAGCAGCUCGUGUGCCUCGAGCAGUCGCAAGUCUCUGAGUCGAAGGCCAUCCCCAAGGAGGAGGGCAUGAACAAGGCCAAGCCAAAGAAGUCAGAGGAAAUGAAGGCGCUGUGGGCCAAGCUCGGAUUGUAGCACGGAGGA